AAUAUUUGCAAAUUCUUUUAGACAUUUUUACCAUUUGUUUAAUCUUAAGUCGUUUCGAUUCGAAACCAGUUUGUUAACGUGAACAAUAUGAAUAAUCUUCCAGGAUUCAGCUCGUUUCGUAUGCUGCCCUUCGGAGCACUAGGCCGCUGGAGGCGUGGAUUGUCCAAAACAAUCAACACCCAGGGCGUUGGCCAGAGUCCAGUUUCCGCUAUAUUGAGCACCUAUCAAUCUGUGUGUUCUCGCCUGAUGAGGAAGAUGUCGGUGGCCAUGAUACGUCGGCGCUCAAACCUGAGCUUCUUGGAGAAGCGACCCAUUGAUGUACAGAGCAAUGCAGCAGUUGGCUAUGCACGACUGCCGGUCACAAUGCGGUACUACCCAAAGACGCGCACCCAGAAGCGCAGCAACUUCGACUAUUUCCCAUUGAUGAUGCCCACAUCGAAUGUGUGGGCCAGUUUCCUUGCGCAGCGCACCUAUGCGACACUGGGCGAGAGAUUUGACAGAACCAAAGCAGUGAAACGUCCGAAAACAUUGAUGGAUCGGCCAUUGGUGCCGACGCUGGAAUUCCAGCAACCCGAAAGCGAAACGAAUGAGGGAGCGGCCCUUCCGGAGGAGUCCGUCAUGCCGGUAAACAAAAUGAGCCACGUGCUGAAGUUUUUGCGCGAGAAUGCGAAGUCAAAUGGCAAGAGAGAAGAGAAAUCAGAAAAAUUACAGACACCUACGUUACCCAUAAUGCAUAUACUUGAUAAGAAGUAUCAAUUGGCGAGGACGCACACAGCGCACAGCUCUUCGCCGGCCACCCGACCCCUGCAGCCGGGUGCACUAGCAAAGCCCAGUGCACGCCCACAAAGCGGAAGCGUCAAAUAUCCGCUGUUGCAAAAGCUCUCAGCACCCGAGAUGUCCUCUCUGAAAGCAACCAACAAUGCGUCCAAGUAUCUGGAAACGUAUGAGACGCGCCUGAGGGCGUUACGUCAGUCGCAGCCACUGAAACUGAAACUGCCGGAGGCACUGCAAGACGAUAGCUUGCCCCUGAAAACGCCCACAGUCAAGAGGAACCAGCUGAACUACCGCAGCACAUACAAGCCACGUUUUAAGCCAAGCUCAGGCUCUCACUCGCCCAACGCUAUGCACAUGCCGGGCAUCAAAGCGUACAAGAGAUCGAUGCCGCACAGGAGCACGCGCACGAGUAAGAAGUACAAGUAUCCAAUGAAGCCGCAUAGCGAGCAGGCUCACCAGAAUGCGGACGGUGAACAUAAGGAACGGGAUGACCUGAACAAUUUGCUGGGCGAUCUUUUGAAUCAGAGUUCGUCCAAGCAGCAAGUUGAGGCGAUCGAGUUCAAUAAGACGGCGCCGCUAUUCAAGCUGGUCACCACCAGCAUGGAAGGGCGCAGCAAAUUGCAUACUCGAGCCUUUGAGAAGCAGCUGGAGACGCCACCGCUAUACCGGGGUCCGCCAGUUAGGCAACGCAACCAAUCGACGGGCGUUACUCGCCGUGCCAUUAAAUUGGGCCAGAAGGCGGCGGUGCGAGCCAAAUCGAUCAUGGAGAACAGGCUGAGCUUGCUGCUGAAAGCCGACAAGCAGUACCAGGACGAGGAGGAUGACGACGAGGACAAUGAAGAAUAUCACUAGGGCCUGGCGGUAGUAACAGCUAUGCCCCAUAAGCAUAAUUCAUGAUGUGAGACUUAUGCGCAGUGUGAUGCAGUGUGUCAAAUCCCAGCCAAGAAAUCUAAUGUUAAUCUCUAUCUCCAAACGGAUCUCAGCACCCUAUCGUUAUUCAUCAACAUAUGUAUGUAUGUAGUAUGUAUGUACGUUCGCCAUGCCAAAAAUUCCGGUUAUACACAUAUUGAACAGGAUAUACCAUGCCAGUGAAUGUAACGUAUCCAAUCUUCUCGGAUGUACCCUCAAAUUUGUCGCGAAUUCGAAAU